UUCAACAGACCUUUAAUUCCCCAUCUGUAUUUUGGUGCUUUUAAUUAAACCCCAGAAUUAUAUUUCCACCAUUUUCAAAUACCUUACCUUACCUUACCUUACCUUCCAUGGAGUCUCUUCACCUCCUUUUCACAGCCUUGGCACUCCUGGCCACAUGCCUAAUCUUCCUCGCGUCCCGCACUCGCGCCGCCAAGAAGCUCAAUUUGCCGCCGGGACCGCCGGGGCCGCCGGUGGUCGGAAAUCUGUUCCAGGUCGCGCGCUCCGGGAAACAAUUCUUUCAAUACGUCCGGGAACUUAUUCCGGUGUACGGACCGAUUCUGACGCUGAGAAUGGGGACGAGGACGAUGAUCAUUAUCAGCAGCGCCGAGCUGGCGAGGGAGGCGCUGAUCGAGAAAGGUCAGGUGUUUGCGAGCCGGCCGCGGGAGAAUCCGACGAGGACCAUUUUUAGCUGCAAUAAGUUCACGGUGAACGCCGCGGUCUACGGGCCGGUGUGGCGGUCGCUCCGCCGGAAUAUGGUGCAGAAUAUGCUGAGCGCGGCGAGGCUGCGGGAGUUCCGACGGGCGAGGGAAGUCGCCAUGGAUAAGCUCGUGGAGAGGAUUGGGGCGGAGGCGGCGGCCAACGGCGGCGAGGUUUGGGUGCUGAGGAACUCGAGGUUCGCCGUGUUCUGUAUCCUGCUGGCGAUGUGCUUCGGCCUGGAUUUGACGCCGGAGACCAUCGAGAAAAUCGAUCAGAUGAUGAAGGCGGUGCUCAUCGUUUUGGAUCCCAGAUUGGACGAUUACCUGCCGAUUUUGAGUCCCUUCUUCUCCAAGCAGCGCCGGCGCGUUUGGGAGGUCCGGCGGGAGCAGAUCGAGAUGCUGGUGCCGUUAAUCGAGCGCCGCCGCGCCGCCGUGAGGAAUCCCGGCACCGACGCGGCGGCGGCGGCGUUUUCGUAUCUGGACACGCUGUUCGAUUUAAAAAUCGAGGGGCGGAAAUCGACGCCGUCGGACGCGGAAAUCGUGACGCUAUGCUCGGAGUUUCUCAACGGCGGCACCGACACGACGGCGACGGCUAUUGAGUGGGCGGUGGCGCGGCUGAUCGAGAAUCCGAAGAUCCAGACGCGUCUCUACGACGAGAUUCAGGCGACCGUCGGUGACCGGACCGUCGACGAGAAGGAUGUUGAGAAAAUGGCGUACCUGAACGCCGUCGUGAAGGAGCUUCUCCGGAAGCACCCGCCGACGUACUUCUCGCUGACGCACGCGGUGGUGGAGCCGGCGAAGCUCGCCGGGUACGACAUUCCGGCGGACGCCAACGUGGAGUUUUUUCUGCCGGGGAUAUCCGACGACCCGAAAAUAUGGUCCGACCCGGAGAAGUUCGACCCGGACCGGUUUUUCCUGGGGAGGGAGGAGGCGGACAUCACCGGAGUGACGGCGGUGAAGAUGAUUCCGUUCGGAAUUGGGCGGCGGAUAUGCCCUGGGCUGGGGAUGGCGACGGUGCACGUCAAUCUGAUGCUGGCCAGAAUGGUGCAGGAGUUCGAGUGGUUCAGUAAUUCCGGCGACGGGAAAGUGGAUUUCACCGAGAAGCUGGAGUUUACGGUGGUUAUGAAGAAUAGUCUCAGAGCUAGGGUUCGGCCGAGGAAGGCGGCGCCGGCGACGGCGUAAUCGCCGGCGAUAAGCGUUGCGUAUUGUUUACUAGUGUUUUCACUGCUACUCUGAAAGUUGUUUAUUUAUUGACUUUGCUGAAUUUCAUUUCCAUAUAUGUGAUCUUGUUUUUAUCCCUA